UUAAGAGAGUACUGAAGAGCUAGAUUAUUUCAGAGCUCAAUUUUCUUUUUUGCAUGGUUAAGAUGAAUUACACGAAGCGAUGUUACAUUAAAGUGUAACUGCAGUGCCUUUCUUAUCUUCCAGCACUGUACAGUUGGUGCUGCUGCAAUUGUACUAGUCAAUGGGGUGAAAGCUAAGAACCUUGGCCUUCAAGUUAUUGCAAGGAUAAAAUUUGAGCUGAAGGCCACAAAAUGACUGUAAUAGAUUUCAUAGAUCUGAGUGAUCAUGAUAUUAUUGACUUGAGCAGCAGCGAUGACGAGAUUGUUCAGGAGGGUCAUAUUGCAACUAAGCACCGGGCGGCGUCGCUUGAUAGGCAGACUAUGCAUGUCAUAGCUGGUGUAGGAAUCCAAGAUGUGCAGGCUGCGUUUGUUGCAACUAGUGAAGGAAGGCAAGAUGUGCAGGCUCUGUUUGCUGCAGCUAGUGAAGGAAGAAAAGAGGCUGCUGAUUGCGGAUAUGCUUUGGAAGUCACCACAUCGUCCUUGGUUACGGAAAAAGAACCUCUUGUUGCAGCUAGUGAAGGAAGCCAAGAUGUGCAAGCUGUGCUUGUUGCAGCUCUUGAAGGAAGCCAAGAUGUGCAGGCUGCGUUUGUUGUAGCUAGUGAAGGAAGCCAAGAUGUGCAGGCUGUGCUUGUUGCAACCACUGAAGGAAGGCAAGAAGUUGCCGACUCCGGAAAUGCUUUGGAGGCUACAGCAUCGUCUUUGGUUACUGAAAAAGCACCUCUUGAUAUGGUUGAAUCACACAACUGUCCUCGCUCUCCCACAUCAGCGACAUUCCCCAGCCCGACUUCUACCGUUCUGAAGGCUCCGACCUCUGAAGGUGGCGAUGCAAAGCUGGUAAGAGGGAAGGUGAAGCGUCCCAGGAAGAACUACCACACCGGUACUCCUAGGACAAGUCCUAGGUUUGAACUGAAGCCUGAAUGUCGGAACGGGCCUCUGGACGAGCUGCCAGCAAAGGCACUGACCUCUGAAGGUGGCGACGCAGAGCUGGUGAGAGGGAAGCUGAAACAUCCUAGGGAGAACUACCCUGCUGGCACUCCUAGGACAAGUCCAAGGUUUGAACCGAAGUGCGAAUGUCAUAACGGGUCUGUGGAAGAGCUGCCAGCCGAGGUUCUGACCUCUGAAGGUGGCAACGCAAAGCUGUUGAGAGGGAAGGUCAAGCAUCCUAGGAAGAACUACCAUGCUGGCACUCCUAGGACAAGUCCUAGGUUUGAACAGAAGCUUGAUUGUCAUAACGGGACUGUCGAAGAGCUGCCAGCCGAGGCACUAAUUUCUGAAGGUGGCGAUGCGGAGUUGGUUGAGUUGUCCGACGGCUCGUCGGACGAGGAGUACUCCGAUGAGACGGCGAUGAUGCAGGCGGUCCUUAAAGACGUGGAGCGUGCGGAGGAGCAUGUACUCAAUUCCAAGGGCCUGAUCGAAGGUCAUCGAGUGCUCAACCGCAACAAGGCGCAUGGCCAUUUGACACUGAUGGCCGACUACUUUGCCCCCGAUGCACUCUUCCCUGACCAUUUUUGUCGGCGUUUUCGGUUGCGCAAGACUGUCUUCGAUCGUUUGUACCAUGGCGUCAGGCCUUACGAUGACUACUUCUUCCUGAAGAAGGACGUCGUGGGAACGAUUGGCUUCUCUGGUUACCAGAAGUGCACGGCCGCACUCCGAAUGUUUGCAUAUGGCAUGGCCGCUGAUUCGUAG